CCCUCUAUCACAGGCCCUCCAAAUCCUAACAUCCACGCAAACUCCCAACCCAACCCUAGUCCACUGCACGCAGGGCAAAGACCGGACAGGCAUGAUCAUAGCCCUAACCCUGCUCAUCCUGCGCGUGCCGACGGACGCCAUAACUCAUGACUAUCUCCUCUCGCAGGCUGGUCUGAAGCCUGAGCGCGAGGAGCGCGUGGCUGAGAUGAGGCACAUUGGCCUUAGCCCCGAGUGGGGGGACUGUCCGCCCGAAUUAAUACAGCGCGUUUCCGAACAUCUUGACGUGCGGUAUGGUGGCGUUGAUGGGUAUUUAGAUUCUAUUGGUUUCGGCGCUGAGGAUAGGGCACGGUUGGUUGAGGUUCUAGGUGCGUGAUAGGGUUUUCGAGAAAAAUGAAAUGUUUCAUGGAUCAAGAGUUGUAGGUAGGGAAUACAUUGCAGUAUCAUGAUUGAGUAUUAUAC